UGUAAUUUUAUCCUGAUUCCUGCUUGCAUCCUCGGCGUCCGGUUGGCCGCUUUGGCGGUGGAUCCGGCGCCGCUGUGAGGAAUCUGGCCGCGGGCUACGCCACAGAGGAAGGCGGCACCGCGGCGUGAGACCGAGUUAAGCGCGACCCAUGCUCCAGUCUGCCCUGGGACGCCGCUGUGUCGGCGUCGGCGAGGGAGGCGUGAGGAGGAGCCGGGCGUCUGCAGCCGUUCUCGUCCCCGGCGCCCCGCCGCCAUCUCCACCAUGCAGUCCCGGGAAGACGCCCCGCGCUCUCGCCGCCUCUCCAGCCCCCGCGGCGGGAGGCGACCCAAGAGGAUCUCCAAGCCCUCGGUGUCGGCCUUCUUCACGGGCCCGGAGGAGUUAAAGGACACGGCCCACUCUGCAGCCCUCCUGGCCCAGCUCAAGUCGUUCUACGACGCGCGGCUGCUGUGCGAUGUGACCAUCGAGGUGGUGACGCCCGGCAGCGGGGCCGGCACGGGGCGCCUCUUCUCGUGCAACCGCAACGUGCUGGCGGCGGCGUGCCCCUACUUCAAGAGCAUGUUCACGGGCGGCAUGUACGAGAGCCAGCAGGCCAGCGUGACCAUCCACGACGUGGACGCCGAGUCCUUCGAGGUCUUGGUGGACUACUGCUACACGGGCCGCGUGUCCCUGAGCGAGGCCAACGUGCAGCGCCUGUACGCCGCCUCGGAUAUGCUGCAGCUGGAGUACGUGCGCGAAGCCUGCGCCUCCUUCCUGGCCCGCAGGCUCGACCUGACCAACUGCACGGCCAUCCUCAAGUUUGCCGACGCCUUCGACCACCACAAGCUGCGCUCGCAGGCCCAGGCCUUCAUAGCUCACAACUUCAAGCAGCUGAGCAGGAUGGGCUCGGUUCGGGAGGAGACGCUGGCGGACCUGAGCCUGGCGCAGCUGCUGGCCGUCCUGCGUCUGGACAGCCUGGAUGUGGACAGCGAGAAGACGGUGUGCCACGUGGCCGCGCAGUGGCUGGAGGCUGCUCCCAAAGAGCGGGGCCCCAGUGCUGCGGAAGUCUUCAAGUGUGUGCGGUGGGCGCACUUCCCUGCUGAAGAUCAGGACUACCUGGAAGGGCUGCUGACCAAGCCUGUUGUCAAGAAGUACUGCCAGGAGGUUAUUGAAGGGGCCCUCCUGCAGCUGCGUUCUGGUGUUGGAUUGCAGAAGUCUCUGGUGCCGGUGACAAGCAGCAGCAACAGCAGCAAUAGCAAUAGCAGCAAUAAUAAGAGUACCAGCCCCACUGUUGUCCUUACAGAAGAAAAUCCGCCCCAUAGAUUAACUGGUGUUUAUCCUUUCUGCCUUGAAACUGGUCAGAGUUUCCUGGCUGAAGAAGAAGCAGUACCUAGAGAAGCUAGCAUCAGUUGGGACUUAGAAGACAGAGAAAUGUGCUCCAGGAUGAGGAACUAAACCUGUGGAUGAAGCUCAUACAGUGAACAUGGAAAGAGAGAAACAGAAGAAUUAAAAACUUUUUAGCAUCGUUUUUAGUGAAAUAAAAUUCUUACCCCCUGCAGUGUUCUAGUAUGGUUUCUCAAGAGGGAAAAUUUGUAUUAGUUGCCAAUCAAUAUCUACAUUUCAUUUCAUUUGGUGUGCAUAAACACUGCUCUUAACAGAAAGCUCAUUUCUAGUGGUGCUAUUUAUGGCCAUCUCCCCAUGCAUUUAUACACUUGUAAAUUAGAGAGUUGUUGUAAAAUAUUAUUUUAACUAGGCAAAGAUGUUUUAUAUUUGUUUAUGCUGCAGAAUAUUACUUUAAUUGUGUAAAGGUAUGUUACUUUUGUUUAUGCUGUGAUAGGAGGAUGUCCUUCUGUAUAUGUUUCUCUUAUUGGUUGAUGAAUAAAGCACUGUUUGGCCUAUGAGACAGGAAGAUAGGCCGGUCCAGGAGAUGAGGAGAAUUCUGGGGAAUGUAGGCAGAGUCAGAUGCUAUGUGAGGCAGCAAAGGGGUAAGAGGUCUGGACCCCUUCUCCAGUAAGAUAAGACCACGUGGAAAUACAUAAAUUAAUAGAAAUGGGUUAAUAAUUAACACAGAACUAGCCAAAUAAGAAUAUGAAUGUAUAUAUAUUAGCUUCUGUGUUCAUUUGGGGCAAGGCAACUGCAGAACCAGACAGGAAAUCCCAUAAAAAUGCUGCAUUUGUUUAACAGUGUAAUGAUGUGUGUUUAAUUAGGUAAGGAUGUGUUGCAUCUGUUUCACCUUGCCUGCCUAAGGCAUCUGAUUGGUCUAAUAAAAGGCUGAACAGCCAGUAGUUAGGCAGGAGAGGGAUAGGCAGGUCUGCCCGUCAGAGAAAAUAAAUAGGAGGAGAUGUCUAGGCUUGAGAGGGGAAAAGAAGAAUGAGAGGAGGAGAAAAUGAGGGACACUCCUGGGGCCAGAAGCCAGGUGGAUGACAGCCAGCCAACCAGCAAAAGUAAGAUAAAGAAAGGUAAUAAGCCCUAAGGCAAAAGGUAGUUAGAGAGAAAGUGGUUAAUUUAUGUUAAAAGAGGUAGCCAGAAACAUGCCUAAGCUAGGCUGGGUAUUUAUAACUAACAACAAGUCUCUGUGUUGUGAUUUGGGAGCUGGUUGGUAGCCUAAAAGAAAAAGCCUGGUACAGGGACUUUUAUUUUAUAGAUGAGUUACUUUAUCCAGUUAAUUACCAAUGUAGUAGGUUGUAUGUUAAUUCUUGUAACUGGUUCACUAUCAAUAAAACAUACUAAAAA